CCUGAAUAGUGAACGUUGAAGACCGAGUCCGCGUACCCAACUGACGACCAGGGUAUUCGAUUCUCCUUGCGAUGAACGGUUGUCUUGCGUUCGAUAUUCAGCACCUGAUAUGCCAAGAAUACGAUCUCAGUGGACGCGACCUCUGUCAACUGGCGCUGACCUCAAGAUCUUGGCGGGAUGCGGCCUUACCCAGGAUAUGGGCGGAAUUGGACGCGAUCACUCCUUUGCUGAAACUCCUGCCCGAGGACAAGUGGGAUAUGAAGCGACAACUACCUGAUGUGCCCAAGCUAUACUUCGCGUUGCGCCAUCCGCUCGAACGUGCGGAUUGGGAUGCCGUAUAUGAUCGUUCGCGCUUCGUCAAAGAGCUCUCGGUUCAUGACACGCAAGAGGAAGAUCUCCAUGACUUAUCCGCUCUCUUCUCUUUGUGCUCGCCUCCCGCGCCACUCUUUCCGCGCCUGGAUCGUUUGAGGGUUGAGCUGACUGAAAGACGAAGCGUGCUCGACCUUUGGCCACUACUUGAUCUCUUGCUCUCUCCCUCCCUUACUUCGGUGCAUAUUCGAGACCCACGUUCGAAACUUGCCGGGGAACUAGACCUGCCAUCCCUUGCAAACCAGUGCCCACACAUCGAGGACUUGGCCAUCUGCACCACUCGCAAAAGCCACCCCGCUUAUCACUCUGAUCUGUCUGCGGCGAUCGAGAAAUGGGACAAGCUCGAUACCAUCGUUCUGUCCCUUUGUUCUCCGGACCUCCUACUACCGCUUUCCCUCCAUCCUCAUCUCCGACGGCUCGGCUUGAUCGUGUCAACACAAGAAGCCCCUACAGACGGCAGGUGCCGCCUACCUGUUCUGCCCCCUGACUGCUUCCCGUCACUCACGUUCAUCGUUUGGAGUGGUCUGACCUUGUUCGAGUUUGCUACAUUCGCAAGCUUGGGGCACGUUCGGGCGAUGGAGGUCAUCUGCGUGAACCACCCGGGCGAGGCACCGCUCUCGACCGAGCUACAACUCGCCAUGGACGCGAUAGCCGCUUAUUGCGACCCCGAUGCCCUCGCGAAGAUCAUAUUGAAUCACGAUACCGAGGUCAACGCCAGCGCCGACUACGCGCUCACUAUGGAGCACAUCCUGCCGCUGGCUGACUUCGCGAGCCUCCAGCACGUCAGUCUGGGAGUGACAACCGGGGCGCUCCUGAGCGACGAGGACUACGCGGAACUGCUGCCGUGCUGGCCGCACCUCGAGCACUUCGAGGUGGAAACAGGGGCUGACGCUCCCGCUGGCUGGGUGUCGCCCGCUACGCUGCUGGCGCUCAAGCACUUCGCACACUUUUGCCCCAAACUCAAAGAGCUCUGCCUUCCGCUCACAGCGCACGAGGUCCCCGAGUACGAUGAUAUCGACGUUGUUGGGGACGAUCACCCCUUGUGUAAACUCGACAUCGGGCCCUCCUCGAUAUCGGCGCCCCUGCAAGAGGUGGCGGAGUUUCUGCGCUGCGCCUUUCCGAACCUGGGGAAGAUUAUCUGGACACACCGUAGGAUAGGCGACGCUGUACAACUACACCCGCGACUUCGUGAGCUGGUGAUGCUCAUGUUGUGACGCUCAUGUGGUGUCUGCGACGUCGCGCUAUGCACCCUCUUGAAGUUGUAACCUGUUCGUCUAUCCAAGCACGUCGCAUUCGAGUUCACGCUAGGUUGGUCUCGAUCGAGUUCG